AUGGAUCAUCUGCUGAACCCGGGGCAGCCGGCAACGGGCAAUGUUCCCUACUGCACCAUCUCCCCGGGGGAAUAUGGAGCACCGGCGGUCUCCCCUAUGAGGCGACGUGUGAGCUCAAAUGCAUCGACGGGGGACGUAGAAUCUAGUUCUCAGCGUAAUGAACGUUCCCAACCUUUAAUUGAGAGUCAGCUCCUUUUUCUGUGUAUCGAUUUAAAGAGAUCCCGUUUCCUGUGUUACGGUCGAAAUCAUGACAAGAUUCACGCGGAUGCUACAGGGCGGACGAGGAAAUCAGAAAAGGAGUUCGUCCAUUAUUGGAAGACGUUCUUCGUGAUAUCUUGCCUUGCGGGCUUCUUCAUCGACCCAUUGUUCUUCUUCACACUCUCUGUGAAUCAGGUAAAAAAAAAAAAAAAAAAUCUUCAUUCGUCAAAGCAUUUUCAUACCUCUUCCUGCUUCAUGAGUGUUUGCCCUAAUCAUUCAUGUCCACUCUUAAUAUGGGCUAAUAGCCUGAAGUGUUUCAUAAUCUAUGCCGUCCAUUUUUCAUUGGCAUCCUUACUUCCAGCACCAGAACUCCCCUCUGGUUUAGGUGACCUCUAGCCUUCCUACAUUUCUCCUGUAUUCCAAUCCUGUAUUCUCAUGGAACCCUGAAAUGCUCCGGCAACAACCCCUAGGAUGCUCUCUCACAUCCAAUGCGAAAGAGGCACAAACCUGGUAUUCAUGCGGCAGUACCCAUUGCUGCCUUUGAUUCCGUCAUCGGUUCUUGUCCCCCUAUGGUUGCAUGAACAAAGUGGCCCUUGACUAGGCUGUGGCAAAAGGCAGGAGGCAAACCCCGGAUUCUCUAAAAGCCAGCUACUACGAACCUGGCUUUGGUACCAUGCCAAAAAUGAUAGAGUGACGCAGACCCCAAGAGGAUAAAUAGUGAGAAUAAAUCUCUGCUUAUUAUUCACAUCAUAGAUGCCUGCUUGUUAUAUACAAGUACAAGGGCCAAGAAAAUGAGGAAACUAUCUAACAAAAUAGGAAACUGACCAACUAGGAGCCAGACUCCUCUAUAUACGUUCUUUCCCACACAUGGCCCUAAUAUCAUUGUCUCUUAUUAGUUUCGUAGUACAUCUUUUCUCUUUUUUAAAACCAAUGCUGGUCAGGUGUGCUCUCUUAUCCUUACUGACUUUUGAUCUAACAAGGAAGUCUCUUCCUUUUUCUGUGAAAAUUGAUCUAGUAACUUUUAGAGUUCCUGCUUAAUAUUUUGAUGUGGUUGUACUGAGUAUCAUAAAACUCAGAUUUAUAUCACUGAUUCUGAGAGCCUGCUUAUUCCUAUUAUGUGCUUCUUCAACAUAGUCUGGACUGAUGUUCCUUUCCAGUUUUCCGGAUUUCUGAUUUCCUCUCUAACUACUAAGAAAUGAUAAUGUCUUGGUACUUAGCCGAUUGCUUGUCAUUAUUAAUCAUUCUUGUGAUUGAUGAGUUAACACUUCUAUGUAUUUUCUUCCUCAGUUUCUCUGGGAUAUUACCUUACUUUCUGACCUUUUUUGUAUUUUAACAGGAUUAUAAGUGCUUUUUCUUUAAUUGGACUUUUGCUAUAGGAAUUUCAGCUGUUAGAACUGUGACAGAUAUUGUCUACCUGCUACAGAUUCUUAUUCAGGUAAGCUGAGGCACUUUUUCGGUCUGAUUUUUUUCUGACUUAUUAUCUACUCUAGACAUUUUUUCAAUCCUUUAUCUGGAAGUCAAUGCAUUUCAUGCUGUAGUCUGUAUCAUCAGAACAGCAAGUUGUUGAGGGAAUCCUUAAAAAUAAUUCAACAGGCUCUAGAAAGGAUUCUCAGGGGGACCCUAUGAUAAUUUAGAAGUCCGACGUUUUGAAGUUUUAUUUUAAUAUGCAGUUGUUGAUGCAUGUUUAAAUUUGAUAAUCAUUCUCUUUUAUUUUUAUUCACUUCAGAAACUGGUAUUCUCCUGAUGUAAUUUUUUUUCUCUGGAAUUUGGUUGAUAUCAAGAAUAGAGUUUUUUUGAUCUGCGAUAUGUGAUCAAGAAGCUUCUAUGAUCUUUCAUCGAAAAAAUUUGCAUUAGCAUGUUGGUAAAAAGGACCUCAUUCAUGUUUAGAGUUGUAGCUCAAAUGACAGAAAAGUUCAAAAGAUAAUGGUCUUCCUGAUUAAUUUAUUUGAUUGAUUAAGUUUUGAUGCUAUACUCAUCACAAUUCACUGUUGUAACUAAAGUUCUUCACGGGCCCAUGGAUGACGUAUUGCUGAAAUGUUGGUUGCAGUUCAGGCUGGCCUAUAUAGCUCUCAAAUCGAGAUUUGGAACUAAGGACUUCAUUGUUGAAAAGAAGAAAGCUGCUAAGCAUUCUUUUCGUGGCCACUUGUUCCUUGAUUUUUUUGUUAUUCUACCACUUCCCCAGGUAUUAUUUUCGUCCUCAAUUAUCUAAAAAUUUAGUUAUAAUGUUUUUUUGGAUUUCGUUCACAAUUUUUUCCUUCACUUUUUUUUGUUGUUUUUUGGAUUUAUUUAUAAUUUAUCCACUAAGUCUUAUCUAAUGAUGCCUCUAACCAUUAGUUUCUUUAUGUUUUCCCAUGAGGCAAUGGAGUUGAAGUUUUUUUUUCCUGCUUUAGAGAGAAUUUUAUGUCCAAAGGUUAUAUGGGCAGAUCUCAUCGCCACAGGAUGGAUGGAGUUGUAGAAGAGGACAUAAUGAAGUUACAAUGGAGCAAGUAGAUAGAUGCUUUGUAUUUUUGCAAGUAGACCAGUUCAAAUUUAACCAUAGAAAAGUGUGAUUUUUUUUCUUCAUGAAGGUCAUCGUAUUUGUGGUUAUACCAGCGUACGUUGGACUACUAGCUGCUAAUUCUGCCAAACAUCUGUUGUGGGCCACAGUUCUUCUUCAAAAUGUACCCAGGAUCAUGAAACUUUAUGAUGUUAUUGCUAGAGGGCCUUCAAGUAGAUUCAUCUUUGAAUCUGUUUGGUCAAGUUUUGCUGUCAAUAUUAUAAUGUAUGUAUUAGCUGGACAUGUUGUGGGCUCAUGCUGGUACCUCUUUGGCUUCCAGGUAUGUAACAAUGAUAAUAGCUACUUUAGCUGCUUUUAUGGCUAUUCGUAGUGUUAUUUCCCUUGAAACAUUCCUUUGUUGAACUUGGUUUCACAUUCCGUCCUGUUCUUUUGACUUCAAAUUUAUGACUGUGAAUGGUUGGCUUUACAAGUGGUAAAUCUGUAAUUUUUGACAUGGAUCCUGAGGAUAUUGUUUGGUUGUAGUCUAAAUCCUGAAAAUUAUUUAGGCUGUGCUUGAUCUGUACUUGUUCAUGAAAAGGACUUUGCUGUUCUUCAUGCCAAAUCCUGUUGAUUUAUUUUGUAAAGAUUCUUCGGUGGAGUUGAGAUUGUAAAAUGUGGACUUGUCUGGACUCGUGUCUGUGUACUUGAAUUGAGAUGA